CUGUUGACGAGCCUCCAGAAUCUUAAAAGUCAGUAACGGCAUUUCACCCACGUUCCAGCUUGUAGAUCUUUGUCGUCCAAGUGAUACCGAAGAUAACCAACACAGUAAAGAGUUUCGUGAAGUAAAACGAUUGGCAUUGAGGAAAAGUGGCAUUGAAAAGUCGGGGCCAUACUCUGAGCGAAAUUCGAGGUUUCAACGGCCAUGUCCCGCAGCCAUAUAAUAGGACAGGAAAAAAUGCUGCGCAGUAUACUCAUUUUCGUCCAAGGUGUCAAGAAGACCCUGCACUUUGUCAGCGUCUUCACACCUAUAACGAAAAUAAUAAAGGAAUAGUGACAAUGGGCAUUCCUGACGGACACCUAUAGUUGUCGCUAAGUCACAUGACAACUAUCCACAAGCUCUUACGCAGAUGCGAGUUCGAGUAUAUGCUAGUAGUCGGAAUUACGUUUCGAAAAAACCAAUGAAUCUAGGGGUUGUGCUCGUUCCCGAAAAAGAAGCGUGGGUUGUUGAAAGAUUGGGGAGAUUCAGCAAAACACUGAAACCAGGACUCAAUUUUUGUAUUCCCAUAGUGGAUCGCAUCGCUUACGUGCAGUCACUGAAAGAAGUUGCCAUUGAGAUUCCAGAUCAAUCUGCUAUAACAUCAGAUAAUGUGGUUCUCCAGCUUAAUGGUGUUCUAUUCUUAAAGGUGAAAGAUCCGUACUUAGCAUCUUAUGGAGUGUCUGAAGCUGAAUUUGCAAUUACCCAGCUAGCACAAACAAUAAUGCGAUCAGAAAUCGGUAAAAUAAUUUUGGACAAUGUUUUCAGAGAACGAGAAGCAUUGAAUUUACAAAUUGUACAAGCUUUAAGCAAAGCAUCAGAACCUUGGGGUAUUGAAUGUUUGCGUUAUGAAAUUCGCGAUAUCCAUCUGCCACAGAAAAUCAAGGAAGCUAUGCAAAUGCAAGUUGAGGCGGAAAGAAAAAAACGUGCAUCCAUACUGGAAUCAGAGGGCCAGCGUGAAUCUGCUAUCAAUCGAGCUGAAGGUCUUAAACGUAGUCAAGUGUUGGAGUCAGAAGGUCAUCGAAUAGAGAUUGUAAAUAAAGCUACAGGUGAAGCUGAAGCUAUGCAACGUUUGGCAGAAGCCCGAGCUCAGUCCAUUCAGAUUAUCGCUUCUGCUAUUGCUAGUAACCGUGGGGCAGAUGCAGUGCAGCUUGCGGUAGCUGAACAGUAUAUAAACGCUUUCGGUUCUCUGGCGAAGACAACCAAUACAGUAUUACUACCAUCUAAUAUUGGGGAUGUUUCUUCAAUGAUUACUCAGGCGUUAUCAAUAUUCAAAAGUCUAGACAAAUCGAAAUCUGUUGGUAAUGGGGAUAACAAUGAUGGUAGUGAUAAUAAACCUUCAUCAAGAAAUGAUGCUCCAUCUUUACUGGAUGAUAGUAAACCGAUUAAUUGUCAAUUGGUGUCAAAAAAUAAUCCUAACAAACCUUCAGCUCAUAUGGAGAGUGAUGAUGCUGCUGGUAAUUUUGAAGAAACGAAGUUGUGAAACAAGAAUAUUGUCAGAAAGAGUUGAAGAAAUCAAAACCAUUGUCAUCUGCGCUUUGAUCCUCAUAUUCAUUAUAUUUGUUGUAAAGUAGGCGUCUGUUUGAUAUUUCGGUUGGGUACUGUAAAAAACAUCUUGUAACUUAUCCACAAAUGUGUAUGUAUCCCUUUUUUUUAGUUAUUUUUCUCUGAGGACUUGCACACACACACACACACAUUUGUUCUGUGUGCGUGAAGAAACGAAGGAAAUCAUUGUGUUUGGGAUGGGAUUCUCACUUAAAAUUACUGUUUUUCAACAGUAGUCAGUUAGGAUGACAUUGGUAUUUAAUAUAGUCUUCUGAAGUUGUUUUCGAUAUGCGUGUAAAUGUUUGUUGUUCUUUACAGGUAUCUCUGUAUGUAACAAAUGUCAGGCUGAUCGAGAUCUUGGUUAGCAAUGUCAGCUAGUUGGGAUUUAAAUCAACCUUGUUUUUCUUCAUCUGUGGGUUUUCACUCAAACAACUGUUUGUAUGAAUUCUCGGACUGAGUCUUUUUAUCUAUUCUGCUGUGGUGCCUCUUAAAGAUAUGAGGUUUGAAUCCAAAUAAAAGUGCUUCCUCUUCG